GCAACACUAAAAAAAUCGAUUGCGGCAGUCGGGUGGGGCAUCACUAUUCACCGGUGCGUCUUCGGGUAUCGAGAAGAAUGGUUGAAUUGAAUCUUAACUUCAUUUUCAUUCGAAUUUGACACCAAUCGGCGGCAGCCGCAUUUUGAAAUGCUUACAUUUGUUAAAAGUGCUAUUUGUUGAAGUUCAACUGUAUUUUAAGUUUUACAAUUGUGAUUCAAGAUGGGGUCCGAUUGUUACAAGGUGGAUGUGGUUCACUAUGUGAAUCCACAUUUGAUUUGGGUGAUAACUCGAAAACAAGGGGAGGGAUCCCAGUUUUCCUUCGAACAAAUCGGGUUGUAUGGUGUUUUGCCGCAAAAUGUGACUAUAGACAUGGAUUGUGUGUUGAAAACUGAAGUCAGUGAGGACUGGCUGCCGGCGGCCGUGGUCGCGAUGACCAAGUCUUUCCAUGACGCCGACGAAGUCUGGUUCUCCCCUACCUUCAUUGAUAAAAAAUCGUCCAUCUUCGACGACAACACACACAAAUUCGGUGACAUAUGCAUCAUCAGAAAAGAUGGCAGUACCGCCAAUUUAGCCGCCGAAAUAGUCCAGUCUGGCUUUGCUUAUAUCAACGAGAAUAUAUUUCAUCAGAAGCUCGUUACUAGCACCCUGAAAACCAAACUUGGUUACGUUGCCGAGCACGAUGUCUUAAAGAAACUCAAAGAAGGUUACUUGACCAGAGGUAUACCUGAGAAAAUAUGGUUGCUAGUUCUGCAACGGCAAACAUUAGUUUUCGAAGAAGCUCAACAAUUAGAGGAGUCUAUACGGAACCGAAAAAUGGUUCUUCACGGUAAUGAAAAUCUUGAAACCGUUUUAAGGAACAAGAUGAACGAUUUGAAGCUCUGCAAAGAUGUCGAUGAGGUUUCUGCUGGUAGAGCCAAUACUAUAAGGCGUUUCAGACCUACCGCUGAGGCUACCAAAGAUAACCAACCCAGUGUCAAUUGGAAAAACAAGUUUGAGUGGCUAGCGCAGAAAGCAAGAGAAAAUAGGAAACGCAGCAGCGAACCUGAUUGCAAUAUGACUUUCUCCAGUGACGAAACAAACGUAAACUAUGAAGAAAGGAAACCUUAUCGCAAUACUCGGAAUGCGAAUAAUCGGAAUUUUAGGAACAAUAACGACAAUUAUCGUGAUAACAGGAAUGAUCGUUUCAGUAAUUCCGAAGUCUCCCAAUCUUCUUCUAGCAGCGGUGUCCGUGAUUUCCAACGUAACUCUUUUAACGAUCACGAUGACCAAGGUGAUCAAAACAACCAGAGAUAUCAUCUUAACAAUCCGAGUAACUACAAUGUCACCCAGACUAACUAUGGGAACACCAGAAAUAACUAUCGUGGUAACCAGAAUAACGAUGGCAGCAACCAAAAUUACAAUCGUUAUAACAGAAAUCCUGCUCGAAAACCCCCGAGGGGUCCUGACCAAGAAGCCAGGAACAUAGCGUACGGUCCCGCUGGACUGUCCCAUACCAAGUUCAUGAUUAAACCUCGUUCAGAAGACAUAGAAGAAAGAAGAAGGACUGCAGAAGAAGCGAAUAUAUGGCCAAACACAACUCCAGAGGUAAAUUCUGAAAUAUCUAACUCAGAAACUGUAAUGCGAUGUGCCCAAAAUGAUAAUGCUAUAGCUCAACCACAGACUUCUACACAGACAAACAGACAGAAAAAUAAAGCUUUAAAACUAUUAUUACACCGUAAACGCUUACUUCUGGCACAACAAAGGAAAGCUAAUCCGGUUAUUUCUAAGUUGGAUAGUGACGAUGAUUUUGAUGAUGGUAUGUCGGUUUUAGACCAGGAAUUACGUGAGACUUAUAAAAAAACCGAUGAAAAUCCAGUAGAAAACGUUGAAGUUGUAGGUAGACGCGAACAAGAAACGAAUGUUAAUCCGUACAGAAAUUUGGACGGUACCAUUUCCGUGUUCGUAGAUAAGUUGACCACUCCAGUUCUUAUGGUGCAUACUAAGAAAGGUAAUCGGGUGCAGCCAAUCACUAACUUGAGAGAUAUACCGUUCGGUAACGAUAUACAUUGGGCGCUUCGUGAUAUGUCUAUUACAAGACCUAUGAAGACGCAGACGGUCUCAUGGAUGUCCAUAUUACGCGGCCAUAGCUUCUUUGUCGUGAGCCCCCAUAAAAGUGGUACCACCAUGGGGUAUCUACCAGCCGUCUGCCGUCUGACCAGUGAUUAUAAAGAAUCUAAAGACAAAUGUCAAUUAAGGUGCAUUAUCGUCUGUUCUACCUCUCGUUCUUUGGACCAUGUCUUUCUCAUGUGUAAAAUUCUCGUUCGUAACGUAACAAUCUUUGCGUGCCACGCUGGUGUCUCCGAUUUGUUCAUUACGACGUCUCUUUUAAACGGUUGUGAUAUUCUCGUGUGCACCCCUUCCAUGCUUGUCCGACUUAUGCAAAAAGACUUGUGUCUUGAUCUCCACUAUAUCUCCACUUUUGUGAUUGACGAUUGUGAGUAUAUUUCGAGAUUCUAUACGAAAGAGAUUAAGUACUGCGUGAUGAAGGUACUAGAUAUCGUUAGGAAGCGGCCAAAUAAAGAAUGGAAGUGCCAAUUUGUAGCUGUGUCGCGUAUUUGGUGCGAUGUCAUGGCAUCUCUUGCCAAGAAAGCCCCUGACUCCAUAGUCUGCAUCUCUGCUUUUGAAGAGUGUGUGCUUUACUCCAAAGCCGCUACUACAGUCGAGUUCCUCGCUGAAGAGAAAAAGGUAGCGUCUGUCAUAAAAUUCUUACAAGAUAUUGAUAAAUCUAAAAAGACUGUUAUUGUAUGUAAGUCUGAUAAUGAAGUAAAAACAAUUGCGGAUACUUUGAUCAAUCUAAAAUAUGUAGUAUUCUCGUGUGAUAGUACGAUGACAGUAGAGGAUCUGUAUGCCUUGGAUAAGGCGCUUAAAGAGUACCAAGAGCCAGUUCUAGGUCCAAUUUUAGUCUGCUGUGACGGAAAUUUGGCUCAUUUGAACGUGUCUGACGCUCAUUAUUUAAUACAGUAUUCUUUGCCCAAGUUAUUUUCCAUGUUCUGCAAUAGAUUCGCAGUGUUAAACGAUAAUUAUUCGUCUAUUUUCAAUGAUAAAGAAAGUAGUGUGAAAAUUAAAAUAUUGCUUGAUAACAGUAAUAUUGAGGCUCUGCCAAAAAUAAUGCAUUUUGUCAAGAGAUGCGUGCGUGAAGUUCCACCGCAUUUGAACGAAAUAACCUCGAAAGUUGUAAAAGAGAAGAAUUUAUUGUUAGCCCAAGGUUUAGUGCCGAUUUGCAAAAUGCUUUUGACAUUGGGAGAGUGUGGAAAUUAUUGGAAUUGUAACGAUAGACAUCUUAUGUUCGAAGAGUACGAUACACCGAAAGAAUGGCUGCCCAAAGAUGGUGUUAUUAAUUUUAAAGUUAUAAAUUAUCACUCAGCUGCUCACUACUCCGCUAGGCUCCUAUCGUACGUAACUAGAGAUAAACAAACCAUAUCAUUCCCCCAGAAUUAUAGCUUACUUUCCCUUAAAAUGGGGAUGUACUAUAGCAAGGAGUCUAAUAAAAGACUUCACGGACUUUUAAAAACAGGAGAUAUUUGUGCGGUUACACUGAAGCAAAACCUAUUCGUUCGCUGCCAAGUAAUUAAAGUUAUGAACUCUAAAGGAAGUAAUGUAUUGAUUAAACUGAUAGACGAAGAAAUAUACCAAUAUGUUUCUGAUACGUCGUUGUACCAUUUACCCGAGGAAUUGAAAAAGAUUGAGACUCACAUUGUUAAUGUUGCUCUGGCUAACAUAAGACCUGAAGAUAAAGAUGUUACUUAUUCACAAUUAGCUGAAAAGCAUGUUAGAAAGUUUAUUGAAGAAAAUGAAGACGUGUUUGUGAGAGGUCAAAUAGCUAUGGUUAUAGGAAAUACUGUUUUAGUAGAAAACUUGGAAGUCUGUCAAAAUCUGUCUUCGUUAAACGAAGUGGUUGUGAAACAUAAUCUGCGCCAAGAACUGUUAGAUGGGCACGCCGUACCCAGUCCUGAUCAUAUAAAUAACUUGAAGAACAUAUGUGAUUUUGCUGUCAUUAGUGGCGAUAACAAAACAGGUGUUAAGGUUUCAAAACCAGCUAAACCCCUGCCAAAAGGCCGAUGGGCUCAUUUAGAAGACGACGUAUUCUCAUUAGUGAUGUUUUUGAGCGCCGAAGAUCCUAAUCAAUUCUUUGUCAGACAUACAAAAUUCGAGAAAUGUCUCACUACACUCAUAAAUGAUAUCAAAUUGUAUGUAGCUGAGCAUCCUGAACCUAUAAAAGAGCUUGAUAAAGGAGAUAUAGUCCUUGCUGAGCACCCAGAUGAUACUACAUUUGAGAGGGCUAGAGUAGAGGGUAGCGUUACUAAUGGAAAAGUUAAAUGCUUCUUUGUUGACCUAGCGGAAUGGUGGGAGGUUCCUGUAAAGAAAAUUCUACCUAUCACUGAGAAAUUUAUCAAUCAAUUGCCAUUCCAAGCGAUUGAAUGUAGGUUGGUUGGUGUCAAACCAUUCGGUGACAACUGGACAGAUUUCACGACAAAUUUCUUCACAAACUCAUGCUUCGAUGAGAAUGAUAAACAUAAAAUGUUAUACACGAAGUACUUUAAAAAGGAAACGCCUACAGUAACGGAAGGCCACAAAUAUGGCGUCGUUCUAAUCGAUUCAUAUUCCGAGGAGGACAUAAUAAUAAAUCAAAUGUUGAUUGAAAAGAAUUUGGCAGAAGAAAAUGAUGAGAUAGAACUUUUAGAUGAUGUAGGAUUCGAGAAGGAAGUGGAAGCCCCUUCUGCUUCGGACGACGAUGAACCUAAACCAGCGAUUAGUGAUAUCGAUAGAUCUAUAUUCUUAAGUAACACAGGCCAACGGCCGUCUCCUAAUAACAUUGUACGGUAUGUACCGGUCAUGGAUUCUGAUGAUGAGGCUUAUGAAGACUUUGACUUCGUGUCUGAGGAUCCUGAGGCUCUGUUACCCGCACCACUGUCUCAAAUAGUCAGUAUAAAAGAGUUGCCCGAUGCGGAGUGGUCUGAACAAGAUGUUGCUUCACCUCUGACGUAUGUUAUGCCAGAGGGGACAAAGGAAGAGGAACUAGGUGACGAUGAUGAGGCUGACGAUGAAGUGGUUGAUGAUUAUGCGGUUGAGGAUGAUGAGGAUGACGAUGAUAUGUUUGACGAUGAUUUGGUUGAAGAUAAUGUGGUUGAUGAUGAUGUGGUUGAGGAUAACGUGAUUGAAGAUGGUGUUAAUGUAAAAACCGAAAAUGAGGACACAGAGAGUAAUGCUACGGGCUCAGAAAACAAUGCAGUCACCACAAAAGCUAUUGUUGAAGAAGUUACAACUGACACUGUGGAUAAAGUAAAUAAUACAGAGAAUGAAAAAACAAAAAAUACAGAGGACGAAAAAACAAAAAAUACAGAGGACGAAAAAACAAAUAAUACAGAGGACGAAAAAACUGAAAAUACAGAGGAUGAAAAAAGAAUACAGUGGAUGUAGCAAAACCUACAGUUGAAGAAGUAAAAAAAACCGCAGAAGUGAUAUCAAAACCUACAGUGGAAGAAGUAAAAAAAACCGCAGAAGUCAUUUGUAAACCUAAAGUUUUAUGGUCACAAACACCAACAACUGUUACUCUGAAAAUACAA